AGUGUCUCAUGCGGAGGAGGAUCAAAACGCCGGAACCGGCUCUGCAAUGACCCGCCUCCAGCUUAUGGCGGAAAAAAUUGUACCCACUUAGGCCCUGCCACUGAAAGUGUCCAUUGCAAUUCACACGAAUGUCCUGUGAACGGAGGCUAUGGAGAAUGGGGAGAAUACAGUGUUUGUAGCAAAAGCUGUGGAGGUGGAACAAUGUCACGAAACAGACUUUGCAAUAGCCCAGCACCUGCAUUCGGGGGAAAUGAUUGCUCUGGUAUAGGUCCAGCAAAAGAAACUACCCAAUGUAACACUCACGAAUGCCCAAUUAACGGAGGAUAUGGUGAAUGGGGAGGUUAUACCAGUUGCACAGUUACCUGUGGAGGAGGAACAAAAAGCAGAAGCAGGCAGUGUGACAAUCCGCAACCAGCUUUUGGUGGCAAGGACUGCACAGGCAUAGGACCAGCUAAAGAGAGCAUAAAAUGCAACACGCAAGAAUGCCCGAUUGAUGGUGGAUAUGGAGACUGGGGAGAAUAUAGUAGCUGUAGUGUUUCUUGUGGAGGAGGAUCGAAAGCGAGAAGAAGGAAAUGUAACAACCCACUUCCAGCUUUUGGAGGCAAAGAUUGCUCAAGUCUAGGCUCCGCAAGUGAAACUGCGCAGUGCAAUACACAAGAAUGCCCCGUGGAUGGAGGUUAUAGCAAAUGGACAGAAUUUGGUAGAUGUAGUGUUCUAUGUGGUGGAGGAACGAAAGCAAGAACAAGACAAUGCAACUCACCUUCUCCAGCAUUUGGCGGCAAAGAUUGUUCAAAGCUAGGGCCCGACAUUGAGACUACCCAAUGCAAUACACAAGAAUGUCCAGUCAACGGUGGCUAUGGCCCGUGGGGAAAAUAUGGGAGCUGCAGCGUCACAUGUGGAGGGGGAGUCAAAACAAGGCGACGAUUGUGUGAUGACCCUAAACCAGCUUUUGGUGGAAACGAUUGCUCAGCUUUAGGACCGGACACAGAGAGUGCUCAGUGUAAUACUCACGAAUGCCCUGUUGACGGAGGCUAUAGUCCUUGGGGAAAAUACAGCGCCUGCAGUGUUUCAUGCGGCGGAGGAAUAAAAACUAGGAAAAGAACAUGCAACCGUCCAAAGCCAGAGCAUGGAGGAGAUGACUGUUCAGAUUUAGGCCCAAAUACCGAAAAUGCCCAAUGUAACACACACGAAUGUCCGAUUGAUGGAGGCUACGGGGAGUGGGGACAGUACAGUGAUUGCAGCAAAUCUUGUGGAGGAGGAACGAAAAAUAGAGCGAGAAAGUGUGACAAUCCUGUUCCAGCAUUUGGUGGAAAAGAAUGUGAAAGCCUUGGUCCUGCCACAGAAAGUACUCAAUGUAACACACAUGAAUGUCCGAUUGAUGGAGGCUAUGGGGAAUGGGGACAGUACAGUGAUUGCAGCAAAUCUUGUGGAGGAGGAACAAAAACUAGAGCGAGAAAAUGUGACAAUCCUGUGCCAGCAUUUGGCGGAAAAGACUGCGAAAGCCUUGGUCCUGCCACAGAAAGUACUCAAUGUAACACGCACGAAUGUCCUGGUAUGCAGAAUUCUUAUCAAAUGAUUUCCAAAACUUUCAUUUGUGUUUUCAAUUUUACUAACUUUGACGUUUUAGUUGACGGAGGAUAUGGGGAUUGGUCCAAAUACAGUGCCUGCAGUGUUUCUUGCGGAGGAGGUUUGAAGACAAGAAGUCGGUUAUGCGACAACCCUGAACCUGCAUUCGGUGGAAAGGACUGCUCGCAGCUGGGACCUGAAACAGAAAGUAGCCGUUGCAACACAAAUGAAUGUCCUGUACACGGUGGCUAUGGCCCUUGGCAAGAAUAUGGCAGUUGCAGCGUCACAUGUGGAGGGGGAGUCAAAACAAGGCGACGAUUGUGUGAUGACCCUAAACCAGCUUUUGGUGGAAACGAUUGCUCAGCUUUAGGACCUGACACAGAGAGUGCUCAGUGUAAUACUCACGAAUGCCCUGUUGACGGAGGCUAUAGUCCUUGGGGAAAAUACAGCGCCUGCAGUGUUUCAUGCGGCGGAGGAAUAAAAACUAGAAAAAGAACAUGCAACCGUCCAAAGCCAGAGCAUGGAGGAGAUGACUGUUCAGAUUUAGGCCCAGCUACUGAAAGUGCCCAAUGUAACACUCAUGAAUGUCCGAUUGACGGAGGCUACGGGGAGUGGGGACAGUACAGUGAUUGCAGCAAAUCUUGUGGAGGAGGAACAAAAACUAGAGCGAGAAAAUGUGACAAUCCUGUGCCAGCAUUUGGUGGAAAAGAAUGUGAAAGCCUUGGUCCUGCCACAGAAAGUACUCAAUGUAACACGCACGAAUGUCCUGUUGAUGGUGGAUACGGGCCUUGGGGAGAGUAUGAUAGCUGCAGUGCCUUGUGCGGAGGAGGAGAAAAAACGCGACGAAGACAUUGCGAUGACCCUAAGCCAGCAUUUGGUGGAAGUGAUUGCUCAGCUUUAGGACCAGACACGGAGAGUGCUCAGUGUAACACUCACGAAUGCCCCGUUGACGGAGGCUAUAGUCCUUGGGAAAAAUACAGCGCCUGCAGUGUUUCAUGCGGCGGAGGAAUAAAAACUAGAAAAAGAACAUGCAACCGUCCAAAGCCAGAGCAUGGAGGAGAUGACUGUUCAGAUUUAGGCCCAGCUACUGAAAGUGCCCAAUGUAACACUCAUGAAUGUCCGAUUGACGGAAGCUACGGGGAGUGGGGACAGUACAGUGACUGCAGCAAAUCUUGCGGAGGAGGAACGAAAAAUAGAGCGAGAAAGUGUGACAAUCCUGUUCCAGCAUUUGGUGGGAAGGACUGUGAAAGCCUUGGUGCUGCCAAAGAAAGCGCUGAAUGUAACAUGCAUGAGUGUCCGAUUGAUGGAGGCUAUGGGGAAUGGGGACAGUACGGUGACUGCAGCAAAUCUUGUGGAGGAGGAACAAAAACUAGAGCGAGAAAAUGUGACAAUCCUGUGCCAGCAUUUGGUGGAAAAGAAUGUGAAAGCCUUGGUCCUUCCACAGAAAGCACUCAAUGUAACACACAUGAAUGUCCUGUUGAUGGUGGAUACGGGCCGUGGGGAGAGUAUGAUAGCUGCAGUGCCUUGUGCGGAGGAGGAGAAAAAACGCGACGAAGACAUUGCGAUGACCCUAAACCAGCAUUUGGUGGAAGUGAUUGCUCAGCUUUAGGACCAGACACGGAGAGUGCUCAGUGUAACACUCACGAAUGCCCCGUUGACGGAGGCUAUAGUCCUUGGGAAAAAUACAGCGCCUGCAGUGUUUCAUGCGGCGGAGGAAUAAAAACUAGAAAAAGAACAUGCAACCGUCCAAAGCCAGAGCAUGGAGGAGAUGACUGUUCAGAUUUAGGCCCAGCUACUGAAAGUGCCCAAUGUAACACUCAUGAAUGUCCGAUUGACGGAGGCUACGGGGAGUGGGGACAGUACAGUGAUUGCAGCAAAUCUUGUGGAGGAGGAACAAAAACUAGAGCGAGAAAAUGUGACAAUCCUGUGCCAGCAUUUGGUGGAAAAGAAUGUGAAAGCCUUGGUCCUGCCACAGAAAGUACUCAAUGUAACACGCACGAAUGUCCUGUUGAUGGUGGAUACGGGCCUUGGGGAGAGUAUGAUAGCUGCAGUGCCUUGUGCGGAGGAGGAGAAAAAACGCGACGAAGACAUUGCGAUGACCCUAAGCCAGCAUUUGGUGGAAGUGAUUGCUCAGCUUUAGGACCAGACACGGAGAGUGCUCAGUGUAACACUCACGAAUGCCCCGGUAAACGAUAUUUUCAAAGAAUUCAAUUUUUACCUUUUGUCAUUGAUCAAAAAUACCUUUUUACAGUUGACGGAGGCUAUAGUCCUUGGGAGAAAUACAGCGCCUGCAGUGUUUCAUGCGGCGGAGGAAUAAAAACUAGAAAAAGAACAUGCAACCGUCCAAAGCCAGAGCAUGGAGGAGAUGACUGUUCAGAUUUAGGCCCAGCUACUGAAAGUGCCCAAUGUAACACUCAUGAAUGUCCGAUUGACGGAAGCUACGGGGAGUGGGGACAGUACAGUGACUGCAGCAAAUCUUGCGGAGGAGGAACGAAAAAUAGAGCGAGAAAGUGUGACAAUCCUGUUCCAGCAUUUGGUGGGAAGGACUGUGAAAGCCUUGGUGCUGCCAAAGAAAGCGCUGAAUGUAACAUGCAUGAGUGUCCGAUUGAUGGAGGCUAUGGGGAAUGGGGACAGUACGGUGACUGCAGCAAAUCUUGUGGAGGAGGAACAAAAACUAGAGCGAGAAAAUGUGACAAUCCUGUGCCAGCAUUUGGUGGAAAAGAAUGUGAAAGCCUUGGUCCUUCCACAGAAAGCACUCAAUGUAACACACAUGAAUGUCCUGUUGAUGGUGGAUACGGGCCGUGGGGAGAGUAUGAUAGCUGCAGUGCCUUGUGCGGAGGAGGAGAAAAAACGCGACGAAGACAUUGCGAUGACCCUAAACCAGCAUUUGGUGGAAGUGAUUGCUCAGCUUUAGGACCAGACACGGAGAGUGCUCAGUGUAACACUCACGAAUGCCCCGUUGACGGAGGCUAUAGUCCUUGGGGAAAAUACAGCGCCUGCAGUGUUUCAUGCGGCGGAGGAAUAAAAACUAGAAAAAGAACAUGCAACCGCCCAAAGCCAGAGCAUGGAGGAGAUGACUGUUCAGAUUUAGGCCCAGCUACUGAAAGUGCCCAAUGUAACACUCAUGAAUGUCCGAUUGACGGAGGCUACGGGGAGUGGGGACAGUACAGUGAUUGCAGCAAAUCUUGUGGAGGAGGAACAAAAACUAGAGCGAGAAAAUGUGACAAUCCUGUGCCAGCAUUUGGUGGAAAAGAAUGUGAAAGCCUUGGUCCUGCCACAGAAAGUACUCAAUGUAACACGCACGAAUGUCCUGUUGAUGGUGGAUACGGGCCUUGGGGAGAGUAUGAUAGCUGCAGUGCCUUGUGCGGAGGAGGAGAAAAAACGCGACGAAGACAUUGCGAUGACCCUAAACCAGCAUUUGGUGGAAGUGAUUGCUCAGCUUUAGGACCAGACACGGAGAGUGCUCAGUGUAACACUCACGAAUGCCCCGUUGACGGAGGCUAUAGUCCUUGGGAAAAAUACAACGCCUGCAGUGUUUCAUGCGGCGGAGGAAUAAAAACUAGAAAAAGAACAUGCAACCGUCCAAAGCCAGAGCAUGGAGGAGAUGACUGUUCAGAUUUAGGCCCAGCUACUGAAAGUGCCCAAUGUAACACUCAUGAAUGUCCGAUUGACGGAGGCUACGGGGAGUGGGGACAGUACAGUGAUUGCAGCAAAUCUUGCGGAGGAGGAACGAAAAAUAGAGCGAGAAAGUGUGACAAUCCUGUUCCAGCAUUUGGUGGGAAGGACUGUGAAAGCCUUGGUGCUGCCAAAGAUAGCGCUCAAUGUAACAUGCAUGAAUGUCCUGGUAAAAAACGUUUCUCAAUCAUAUGAUAGAAAAGCAUAGCUCUGCGAUUCUUGUUACGUUCUCGAGUAUUUUCGUACUUUUUUCCAAUUUCUUUGCUAUUAUUUUGCAACAGAUUGAAAAUACAAAAAGUACUCUUUCUAGUUGAUGGAGGCUAUAGUGAAUGGGGACAGUACAGUGAAUGCAGCAAAUCCUGUGGAGGAGGAAUUAAAACUAGAGCAAGAAACUGUGACAAUCCAGCUCCAGCAUUUGGUGGAAAAGACUGUGACAGCCUUGGUCCAGCCACAGAAAGUACUCAAUGUAACACACAUGAAUGUCAAGUUGACGGUGGCUACGGGCCGUGGACAGAAUUUUCAACUUGCAGCAAAUCAUGUGGAGGAGGCACGCAGACAAGAACAAGAGCCUGUGACAGUCCUGUUUCAGCUUUUGGAGGCAAAGAUUGUUCAGGUUUGGGCAAGGAUACAGAGACUUCUAGUUGCAAUUCACAAGAAUGCUCUGUUGAUGGAGGUUAUGGAAAGUGGGAAGAAUACAGUUCUUGCAGUAAAUCAUGCGGAGGAGGAAUCAAAACAAAGCAACGUCUGUGCAACAAUCCCACUCCUGCUAAUGGCGGUAAAGACUGUAGCCAUCUAGGCCCAUCAACUGACACCAUUACAUGUAACACUCAUGAAUGCCGAACUUGCAGUGAUUUCAGGUUAUGCAGCUACUUCAAACGAUUCUGCAACAACAGACUAAGCCAUCGGUUCUUAAGAUACAAAUGUCCCAUUACUUGCGGCUAUUGUAAAGUUAAUGGCGACUACGGACCUUGGACAACAUUUACAACCUGUAGCAAGUCGUGUGGUGGAGGCACAAAAGCCAGAACACGGCUCUGUAAUAACCCUCCUCCUAUGUAUGGUGGAGAGAAUUGCGAAAAGCAUGGACCUGAAAAGCAGACUGCUCCAUGUAAUUUACAUGAAUGUCCAGUGGAUGGCGGCUACGGACCCUGGGAACCGUACAGCGCAUGCACAAGGUCCUGUGGAGGAGGAACAAAGUCAAGGAACCGCACAUGUAACAAGCCUCCACCAUCCAUAGGCGGAAAAGACUGCUCAAGGCUGGGACCAGCCAUGGAAAUUGUCAGCUGUAAUACACAGGACUGUCAGGGUGAUCGUUACACUGUUAGCACAAAUAUAUGUAAAUCGAAGUAUACUGUUUUCCAGACACAUAACAGGGGAGAUUUCGCAUAUCUAGAUCGACAUCGACUUACUUGCGAAGAAAAGGGGGUGUUGUCAAUGUUUCACUUACAACGAAUGAUGGAAGAAAUGCGUUUCCAGUACAAAUGCUGUGAAGUAAUGAAAUCUUCCUGUAGCCUAAAGUUCAAAACAACUUCUUUCGAAAAAGCCAGUCAGGGGAAACUGUACGACUUUACUAAGCAUUCAGUUGAUUGCGGAUUAAACGGAUUUAUCAAAGAUUUGAAACUAGAGACAAAUAGCGGACUAGAUCAAGUACGAUAUCGUUAUCAGUGCUGCAAUGUCAAGGACAAGUCAGUUAACGGCUCAUGCUAUACGGAUAAUACAUCUUAUACUGACAGAGGUAAUGGAAAGGUGUUUUAUUUUGAUCGUCAGUCUGUAAUUUGUAAACCCGAGUACGGACUUUCAUUUUUUCAUUUAGAAAAGAACAAGGACAAUACCAAAAUACGAUACCAAUAUCGCUGUUGCACAUUGAACAAUUGAAACUCUUUCUUGUAAUUCAUGUAUUGUAUCAAAAUGUAGUUACGCUUGUACUAAAGACUAAAUCUUCUUUAUCUGUAAUUUAGUUUGUUUUGUAAUCUACGUUUUUUUUGCUUAAUAAGAAGAGCAAUACCGAAA